UCUCAGUUAGUUGUCUGCCGAUGAUCAGUGCGUUAAGACAUAAUCGUCAUUUAUUCGCUGUGAUUUAGCAUUUAAAGUUUGUUUUUCUUCAUAUUAUCUAAUAGAGCGUGAUGAUGAUUCUUCAUACAGUCAUAAUUCUUUUAAUCUCUAUAUACUUUUCGAACGUUAAUGGACAACGUCAAGGUAGUGAUUUAGAUCAAAGAAUUCAGGAUGUAUUUUAUAAUUUAAAUACUCGUGGAUUUGACACAAUUGUCGAUCCUGAACCUGAGAAUUUACCACCAACACAGGCACCACAAGUUCUUGAAGAAUCAGGUGGUAGUUGUAAAUGUGUGCCUUAUUGGCGAUGCAACAAUAAUAAUCAAUUAAGUCAACCGACUGAAUCUAGAUUUUAUGGUGAAAUUGAUGUUCGUUAUAAUCCUGAAUCCUGUCAGGACGUUCUUGAUGUUUGCUGUAAAUUUGAGAACGAAGUUAAUGUCCAACAAACUCAGUCACCUCCACAAAUAACCGGUGGACCAACUGAACAACAAACAACUCCUAAACAGUGCGGUGUUAGAAAUGUAGGCGGCAUUGACUUUACAUUAGUCGGAAAUACAAAGAGUGAAGCAGGUUUUGCUGAAUUUCCAUGGACAGUUGCAUUGCUAUCAUCACACAAAGAAUGCCUUUGUGGUGGAACAUUGAUUCAUCCACAGAUUAUAUUGACCGGUGCACAUUGUGUGUUUAACAUAAGUCAAAAUGAUUUAAUAAUCAGAGCUGGAGAAUGGGAUACACAAACAACGAAGGAGAGAUUGCCACAUCAAGAACGAAGAGUUAACACAAUACUUACACAUAAUGAAUUUAAUCCAAAGUCAUUGGCCAAUGAUAUAGCUUUAUUAUUCUUGGAUCAACCAUUUAUCAUGGAUCAACAUAUAAACACAGUUUGUCUGCCGCCUCAAGGAUAUGUUGCAAAUAACCGUGACUGCUUUGCUACUGGAUGGGGCAAAGAUGUAUUUGGUAAAGAAGGAAAAUACUCUGUCAUUAUGAAAAAGAUUGAAUUACCAAUGGUACAGUUUAAUGAAUGUCAAGAGAGACUGAAAAAUACGAGAUUAGGAAAACGAUUUUUGUUGCAUCCUAGCUUUGUCUGUGCUGGAGGAGAAACAAAUGUUGAUGUUUGUCAAGGAGAUGGCGGUGGUCCAUUAGUUUGUCCAACUGGAAAUAAUCGAUAUAUACAAGUGGGUGCUGUUGCAUGGGGUAUUGCUUGUAAUCUUAAUAUUCCUGGAGUUUAUAUGAAUGUUGCAUAUUUCCGAGAUUGGAUAGACUAUAAUGUUAGAAAUCAUGGAUAUGACUCAAGCAGUUAUACUGUAUAAUUUAGCCAUGGAAAUUAUUCAUUGAAUUUAAUAAAUGAUUCCAUUAACUCUUAAUCGUCAUAA